GAGCUGUGCUGUGGGCAGAGCAGAGCCCAGCCGAGUCCAUCCAAGCCGGGAGUGUCGGGGCUGGAGAGCUGCUGCCGCUUCUGCGAGCCGCGGGGCGCACAGACAGGGCUCCAGGGCUGCGCUGCUUGGGGUGGGCGCGGCUCGCCUCCCUCGCCUCUCCGUCCUUCCCUCGCUCCCUCGCCUCGCCGGAGACAUGCAGGCGGAGUCGGGGAUCGUGCCGGACUUCGAGGUCGGCGAGGAGUUCCACGAGGAGCCCAAGACCUACUAUGAGCUGAAGAGCCAGCCGCUGAAGAACAGCAGCUCUGAGCACCCUGGAGCUUCGAAGCCCCCGCUAAGCUCCUCCAGUAUGACAUCACGGAUUUUGCUACGACAGCAGCUCAUGCGUGAGCAGAUGCAGGAGCAGGAGCGCCGAGAGCAGCAACAGAAACAGCAAGCAGCCCAGUUCAUGCAGCAGAGAGUGGCGCUGAGUCAGACACCAGCCAUCAACGUCAGCCUCCCAACCAGUCUCCCUCCUGCUACUCAAGUGCCAAUGGAAGUCCUCAAGGUGCAGACUCACCUGGAAAACCCUACCAAGUACCACAUCCAGCAAGCUCAACGGCAGCAAGUCAAGCAGUACCUCUCUACUACAUUAGGAAACAAGCACACCAACCAGGCGCUAAGCUUACCGUGCCCAAAUCAGCCAGGGGAUCAUAUUAUACCGCCUGGCACUGGAAGCAGCGCACCAAACAGCCCAAUGGCCAUGCUUACGCUCAACUCCAACUGUGAAAAGGAGGGCUUUUAUAAAUUUGAAGAGCAAAGCAACAGGGUGGAGAAUGAAUGCCAGACUCUCAACACACAUUCUCGAGCAUCUUGCAUGCAGAUGGAUGAUGUAAUUGACGACAUUAUCAGUUUGGAGUCAAGUUAUAAUGAAGAAAUCUUUGGUUUAAUGGAUCCUGCCCUACAAAUAGCAAAUACGUUACCUGUCUCCGGCAAUCUUGUGGACCUCUAUGGCAAUCAAGGCAUGCCUCCCCCUGGACUCAACAUCAGCAACUCUUGUCCUGCCAACCUUCCUAAUAUAAAAAGGGAACUCACAGCAUGUGUAUUUCCAACAGAGUCAGAGGCGAGAGCGCUGGCCAAAGAGAGACAAAAGAAAGACAAUCACAAUUUGAUUGAACGAAGACGACGAUUCAAUAUUAACGAUCGUAUAAAAGAACUUGGCACUUUGAUACCCAAGUCGAACGACCCGGACAUGCGUUGGAAUAAGGGAACUAUUUUAAAGGCCUCUGUGGACUACAUCCGCAAGUUGCAAAGAGAACAGCAACGUACAAAAGAACUAGAGAACAGACAAAAGAAACUGGAACAUGCCAACAGGCACCUUUUGCUCAGAAUACAGGAACUUGAGAUGCAGGCUCGAGCACACGGACUCUCUAUCGUGCCGUCCACAGGCCUUUGCUCGCCCGAGAUGGUGAACCGGCUCAUCAAGCAGGAGCCCGCCGUCGACAACUGCAGCCAAGAGGUCCUGCAGCGCCACCCCCCCGACCUGUCUUGCACAACCACUCUCGACCUUACCGACGGCACCAUCACUUUCAACGACAGCCUGGCCGAUGUGACUGAGUCAGCUGCCGGCACUUAUGCUGUCCCUACGAAAAUGGGCUCCAAACUGGAAGACAUCUUGAUGGACGAUACCCUCUCUCCUGUCGGGGUGACCGACCCGCUCCUUUCCUCGUUGUCUCCCGGGGCGUCGAAAACAAGCAGCCGAGGGAGCAGCGUGAGCAUGGAGGAAUCUGACCAUGCUUGCUAGUGAAGGCAAAUUAGAAAGGCUCUUCGUGGACUUCUUUGUUUCUUGAUCAGUAGAUUAAGUAAUUUGCUCUGUUUUCUUAAUAACUAUCUUUUAAUAUAAACCUUCAAAUAGCCCAGUGUAUGUGACUUUUUUAAUGUUUGCAGAGACUUGUAUAUUUUAUUUUAAAACUACCAAUGCUUCCAAAGUAUUGUACUGCAUCUGUGAACCAGAUUCGCCAAGAGCUCCAAAGUGAGCUCAUGUCUACUUGAAAGCAAUAGAGUUAGAGUGAUCGCCAAGUCCAUGAUCCACAAAAGGUGAAACUUCCUGCAUAACUGUAAAUGAUACCCAUUGACGUGGAAAUGAAACGGAGAAGAAUGUAAAGAAACCAAAAAAAGGACUAGCUUUGUAAAACUAUUUUUUGUUGUUGACUUAAUAGUGCCUCCUUUUAAAGAUACAGUACUUGUUAAUCCAAUUUAAUCUUUCCCAAGGCAUUAAAUAUAAUAUGUAUGUCAGCGGGUCACCUGUACAGAAAUUAACUCAUGGUGAUCUUGAACAAAGUACAAGCUAGAAUGAAGUAGGGAGAGACACAGAGAGAUAUUUAAUGACAUUGGCAUGUGGUUAUUUUU